AUGGAGAAGCCCACGCCGAUGAUCAACUCGGCCAUGCUGGCGCAGUACGCCGGGCAGACGGUUCGCGUCGUAGGCAAGGUGCAGAAGCUCACCGGCCAGACACUGCUCAUCCAGACCUCCGACAUGGGCAACGUCGAGGUGACGCUCAACCCGGACUCGGAGAUCUCGGGCAGCACAUUCGUCGAGAUCACAGGCAAGGUCUCCGAUGGCGGCUCGGGGCUGGACGGGUACCAGGUGCGCGAAUUCACCACCGUCGAUUGCGGCGAAAACGUCGGUAGGUACCAAACAGCCUCGCGCACUGUGCAGAGAAAGAAGGAUGGCUGA